AUGGCCCCUCCAAACAAAGCCCAAAUCGACGAUCUCAUCACCCGGUACAUUAAAUACGCCCACAACGACGCUAAACCCGACAUCCAACUCAUCGGCGACAUCGUCAAAGCCUACCAAUCCUUCCCCACCGGCGAUUGGGAAUACCACGGCAGCCCUGGCAAAUCUCUGGUCUCCUGCUUCCAAGGCAUAUCCUUCAUUUGUUGGAAAUUCAGUAGCAUCAACAAUGCCGCCAACGCUGACGACGCUGUGUCGCUUUACGAGGGCCUCACGUUGCAGAAUUAUAAUGUUUGGUUGUCGAUGACGGAUCGUACGAAGAAGGAGAACUUCAAGAGGGAUUGUUGCGCGUUGACGGAUACAGAUACACUGAAGGAUUAUCGGGAUAUUACUUGGGAUAAGAAGCCUCAGAGGAGGGAUAUCUGCCAGGCGGCGAUGACGGUUACUUCGUCUAUGUAUGGGCCGGGUACUCCUCCGGCGGUUGUGUCGGGGGCGCUGUGGUAUAAGAGGAACGAGAACCAGAAUGCUUAG